UGUGAGGUGGAAGACCAUCCAGAGCUCCCCAGAGAGUCUCCGACGGGGUGCCGAUGUCAUGGCGGUGCCCAGUGCCCAAGAGUUUCACUGGCAGAGCCUGGCUCGACUGCCCAGCGGCCGUGUCUAUCACACUCUGUCUGAAGUGGGGGGGCAGAUGUACAUGCUGGGGGGCUGUGACGCUGCAGGAAGGCCAUGUCCAUCCCUGGAGCUCUACUCCCCAGAGGGGGACCGGUGGAUAAGCUUGCCCCCUAUGCCUACUCCUCGUGCUGGGGCAGCUGUGGCAGUUUUGGGAAAGCAGAUCCUGGUGGUGGGAGGGGUGGGAGAGGACCAGAGCCCUCUGAAGGUGGUGGAGAUGUAUAACACAGAGGAGGGGAGGUGGAGGAAGAGAAGUGCUCUACGGGAGGCACUGAUGGGUGUAUCCAUUACAGUGAAAG